UACAGUGCGCGCUCUGAUGCCGCAGCUCCAGUCUCUCUCUCUCUCUCUCUGAUAAUAACACAGCACAGUCAUGGCGACAAUGACAGUCCUACCGCUCGCCCUAGAGCGAGAUGUUGCCAGGGCGAUUGAGCUGCUGGAAAAAUUACAGGAGUCAGGUGACGUCCCGGGUCACAAGCUGCAAUCCCUGAAGAAGGUUCUACAGAGCGAGUUCUGCACGGCCAUUAGAGAGGUCUAUCAAUAUAUGCAUGAAACAAUAACAGUGAAUGGCUGUCCAGAGUAUCAAGCACGUGCCACAGCUAAGGCCACAGUGGCGGCAUUUGCAGCCAGCGAGGGUCAUUCUCACCCACGAGUGGUGGAGCUGCCCAAGACAGAUGAGGGGCUUGGCUUCAAUGUGAUGGGUGGAAAAGAGCAGAACUCACCGAUCUACAUCUCCCGCAUCAUCCCUGGGGGCGUGGCUGAGAGGCAUGGCGGUCUUAAGAGAGGCGACCAACUCCUGUCCGUCAACGGAGUGAGCGUCGAGGGUGAACACCAUGAAAAGGCUGUAGAGUUACUGAAAGCAGCCAAAGACAGUAUCAAACUGGUGGUGCGUUACACCCCUAAAGUCCUGGAGGAGAUGGAGGCGAGGUUCGAGAAGCUCCGCACUGCCCGCAGACGCCAGCAGCAGCAGCUCCUCAUGCAACAACAGCAGCAGCAAAACCUGACCGCCCAGCAGAACCACAUGUCGUAGGCUAUUCCAAAAGAAGAAAAAGUAGAGGACACUGGGUGAGACUGGCAUACACUCACUCACAGUCAUAAGGAGGUCCAAGAGAUCUCAGAAGAGGACCCUUACUGUUCUCCAGUGAAGACUAUCCUCUUUCAGUCAACUACCUACAACUCAAAAAGGUUGAAAACUCCAUGAUAUGUGUUCCAAAUUGGUGCUUGGAAAAAUGUACAUGAUGACAUAGAGGAAGGCUAGCACUGAAUACAUGGUUAUACACUUGUUCAUAUUUCAAUUGUCCGGAACCAAUUACAAGUUUUGACCCUCUUAAAAAGUCCCUCUUGUAGUUUUGUGAUAAUGCGUUUUCUCAACAUUUCUAAAGCAUUCAAUGAUUUGUUUUUACUUUUGUUAUAAUUUUGUUUCCACAGCGCUGUACAGUAACUUUUAGAAGGGUUCUUUUGGUGCUGGUGUCGCUGUGAAUAGAAAGCGCUUUUUAGGUCAGUCGUCCUUGAUUGGAUAACACUGAGGUAUUUUAUACCGUAUUGUAGCAAAGAAUAUUUUGUAAAGAAAGGAGAUUUAGCAAUAACACUUGUUUUGUCACUUCCUACUUUCAAAUUAUGGUUAAAAAGUUAAUUUUAGGUGUGGAAAUUAAUCUUAAGAGCAUAAAGUUACUUCAAAAUGGUAUCUUAUGCACCAUGUGACAAAAGUCAGACUAAACCAUAACAUCAUUUGCACAAAAUGUUCUCAUGAGAUCACUGUAUCACAGUGCCAUUGACAGAGAUUAUCUUGAACAUUUAUUGUAU